AUGUUUGUACGAAAAUUCAGAAAUGGAACUAGUAUCUCUUUGAUCCGCAGAUUUCUGCACUUCGACCCACCUAAACCCCCUGCAACACCCAAGACCUUAGAUAUCGAUUGGAAACCAAUUACAUCUAACAAAUCCUUGAAGAGAGAUGGAAACAAGCACCGCACUGGGCGGAGUGUUGUAUUUGGCCUUCUUUGCCUAACUCCAGUAGUAACUUUGGGGCUCGGAUUUUGGCAGUUACAGCGAUUGAAAUGGAAAAAUUCCCUAGUAGCUGAGUGUGAAGACAGAUUGACAUACAAGCCACUUCCUCUUCCCAAGAACUUCAGGGAAGAGGAUGUCGAGAACUUCGAGUAUCGCAAGGUGCUCAUAACUGGUAGAUUUGACUACGAAAAGGAACUGUUAGUAGGUCCCCGAUUGCACGAUGACAGAAAGGGCUAUAUCCUUGUCACUCCUUUCACAAGAUCUAAUGGAGGUGGAAGAAUUUUAGUGGAAAGAGGCUGGAUAUCUGAAGGGAAAGUGAACCAAGGAAAAAGAAGGCUAAAAAACUUAUCUAUGCCAGAGGGUACAAUAACUUUAGAAUGUCUUUUGAAAGUACCACCAUCGAAAGGAAUGUUUCACAUUGAACAUAAGCCAGGGACAAAUAUGUUCAGAUAUGUCGAUUUGGAGCGAAUGUGCAAGGAGACUAAUUGCAAGCCAAUAUAUGCCCAAGUGGUACAAGAUUUCAAGGAUCAUCCUGAAUGGCUUAAGGAUAGGGCCAGCGAAAUCGGGCAUGAAUCAUCAGGAGGUUUAUGGAACUUGUGGAGGUGGCGGUGGCAAAGUGAAAGUGAUAACAACGAUGAUCAAUCACAGCUGGAAACAUUUCGGGCUCCCAUGGUUGGGGAGGCAAAGGUUUCUGCUUAUCAAGACUCAUCGCUGGAAUUCAGCCCAUUACAGUUCGUAAAUGCUGGAGUACCUAUUGGCAAAGUACCAAAAGUUGAUUACACAAACAACCAUUUAAAUUAUCUCGUAACCUGGUGGGGGUUGUCUCUUGCUUCAACAGUUUUGCUGCUUUUGGUAUUGAAAAGUAAGAAAUUCGUUAAUCCUUCCGAUGAAAAAUUGCGACAUGCUCGUAAAUAUAUGUAA